AGUGUUUCCUACCUACCACAUCUGAGUGUCAGUCAACGCUACAACUCUAGGUGCACGCAUGGAGCGUGUCGAGCCUUCUCCACGAGCAGUGCGUAAAAGUGAGUGGUUGCGGAGCGCGCUGGCCCAUUAUCACCGGCCUGACCCAGGGGUGGACAAUGAAAUUGUGGUCCUCGCUACAGGCAUAGAUCAGUAUCUCCAGGAGGUCUUCCACCAUCUAGCUUAUCCCCACAGAGACGAUACGGUGAGCGCUGAAGACUUCACGGCUCUGUGCGCAGUGCUGGGGAUAAGUGAGGGGACUCAAACUGAGAAGGAUGAAGAAUACAUGGAUGUGUGCGCGGACCUGCCAUCACAGCUCUCCUUCAAAGACUUUCACGCGCGCCUCUGUGGAUACUUUCGAGUGCGCAGUGCGCGCAAAGACAAUAGCCAGUGCGCGUGGCGUUUGCCAGUCACUGAGAACACUGAGCUCGUGGAGAGAGAUAUUCGUCUGAGGUGGCCACGACCAAGACGUAAAAAGUGUGUGAGUUUUGACUUGACCCGCGACCAGUUUGGAGGUGCGAGAGCCCCGAGAGGCCCGAGCGCAGAGGAGGCAGAUGAGACAGCUGCUCUGAGAGAGCUGGUGGAGGACCUCCGCUCGGCGCUGCAGGGCAGUGACGCUCGCUGUCUGGCUCUGGAGGUGGCACUGAGGAGAGAGCGCACCCGCAGUCUGGCUUCUCCCACCACCAUCAAGCCCAGGAUGUCCACCUCCUCCAUCACCUUCAGCCAGGGCAAACUGGUGCCAACUCACAGGAUCAAGGGAGGCUCUUGUGAGGCAGCAGUCAGGAGGCGAGAAGCCAGAGACCCACUGCUCAGGGAGCUGAAGCUGAUCCGAUCAUCCCGGGAUGGCCAGCUGCAAGAGGCCAUGAAGUUCAACGAGCGGCUUGAGGAGGAGCUGCGCUGGUCGUAUGAGGAGGUGCGCAAACUGCAGGCCCUGGAGUCAGCCCUGCGAAAGGAGAAUGCUCACAUCAGGCGGCGAGCAGAGGAGGCCCGCGAGGCUCUGACUCUGGGACUAGAGAGAGUGCGUCUGAUCCAGGAGCAGGCUCACAGUGUGCCACAACUGCAGGACAGGGUCAGGCACCUGGAGACAGAGCUGCAGCAGCACAGAUCCCGCUGCAGCUGUCUGACCACCUCCACCCAGGACUGGGCUCACCCAGUGGGUGCUGACAACACCAAGGUGACAGAUGCAGAGUGUCUACAGAGGGCUGUGGAGGGCAAAGCCGCCUCAGAUGAGGAGGAGGAGGACAGAGCUGCUGCAGAAGAGAGAGAGCGCUGCCUGGUGGACAUGAAGAGGCAUUGCAGUCGACCACACAGCUGUGGGAAAGGAUGUCAGAGUCUGGACAGAGAGGCGAGCCUCUCCAAGGAUAGGGGGCGACGGAGAGGAGCCAGUCUGAGCCAGGGCGACAAGGAGACCAAGGCAUCAGACAAGGCUCCUCACUCAGGGGACAGGCUGCAGAGGCAGAGGAUGUCGUUACUGGAGGAGAAGCUCACUGAUGCACUCACACUGCUGCUCCAAUUACGCAAUAAGAAUGUGUCCAGUCAAGCCUUGGGGAGAAUUCUUAUGGAUACUUUAGAGGCCUACAGCAGGACAGGAAAUGGCCCGUCCCAGGUGCUGCAGGUAGCCGACGCUCUGUGUGUGCGCUUGUCAUCCACUGAGGUCCAGACAGAGAGGGGAGAGGGUCCAGGACCAGAGAGACUGCUCCCCCUAGCGGCCACACACCAGAACAACAGCACCAGCUCUCUGGUCAUCUCAUGUUGACAUCAGCACUUAACAAGAGAUUUUUUUAUUUUUAUAUAUAUAUUUUUUAACGAUACCCAGUAUUGCUUUAUAAUAAAUGAUUUUUUGUAAACUAUUUACAAGGUAUUAAUAGGGAUUAAUAUUGUGCUAGUUAACAUUCAGUUUAUAAAUACAUUAGACUUGUUGUACAAUAACGUAUACCUAUGAACCAUGUAGGAAAGGUUUUUAGGGGCAUUUAGUAUUAAACUCUAUCAUAUGUAAAUCUUUAUUUUACAGUUUGUUCACUGUGAACUACAAUAUUGAUCUCAGAUGGCUUAAUCAUAGAAAUAGGUCCACUGCAGACCUGAUAUUGUUGAAAAUCGUCUUUUUGACAUUUUUUAGCCUUGCAUGUAUGGCCUGGAAUCAGGUUUUUUGGGAAAAAUCAAGCAGUGGGUGGAGAUUGGGGGUAGGUGAAAACAAAAUUUUCCAGACAUGCAUCAUUUAAUUGAAAUAAAACUUUGACUAAGCUUAUAGUGAGAGACAACCAUUAUAACAUGGUUAAUAGUCAUUUUUAGACAGUCUGCCCCCUUUAAUCCAGGUUUUUAACUGGCAAAAUGUACAUGUACAUUUAUAAUAGCUCAUUUAAGAGCUAUAAGAUUAAGAUUAACUUUGCCCAUGUAAAUGUUGUUGUAGUAGGGCCUGUGUCUGGUUAAGAUUUGGCACAAGCUUAUAAUGCUGCACCAAAACGCAGAAGCAAGUCCCUAGUUUGUGAAAUUUAUUCACUGACAAUGGCGAUAAAACUUUGCUGAUUCUAGUGAAAGUUAGUAAAAAGAUUUGGGCGGUUGUCGAUAGAUGGCAUAGAUUUAGUAUUGCACUGUAGCACUGUGCCAUGCAGCUUUUUAGGGUUCCUUAUCAGUUAUAAAGAACUUAUAAGUCAUAAUGAAUGGUAAUAAUGUUUUACAAAUGCUUGUAAACAUGUGAUGCUUAUUCAUAUGUUACCAAUAGUUUACACAAGUCAAUUAUUAUAAAGAGUCUUUGGAAUAGAAUUUGAAGAAUUUUCCAGCAAAGAUUUGUAAAUUUUUUGCCAUCUGAUCUCAUCUUCCUGAACUGAAUUUUGGCACUUCAUGUUAGCUGCCAUGAGAGUCAUUUUUAUAUCACUGUUUAUACUUAUAUUCUUCCAGAUAUAAUGAUUGUAUAUUUAUCAUUAAAGUUUGUACAGUUUACAAGUUUC